GACAUUUUCCUAUCAGGUCUUCUUCUUUGUCUUUAUAGAUAGCCGUCGCCUGCAUCCAGUAUACUAUUUACCCUCUAUGCAGGAUCUGUCCUGUCCAUACAGUCUCAGUGCAACGGGUGUGACGCAGGCCAUCAAGGAGAGUCUCCAUCACCGAUAUAUCUGAUUUCGUUUUAUCAUGUCAACCUUCGAACCUGAGACACCGGGAGAGGCCUCUGUUCUAGACGAUUUUCGCGUUCGUGUCUGGAAGCCAUUCCAGGAAAUCUAUGAGGACAGGUGGGACCAAGCAAAAUGGGAUGCCGCCGUCGUGGAUUUCAACGCACGCCACGAUCCAGCCAUACUGGAGAGCCUGCGGGCCAAGAAGAAAUUACCCCCUUGGGACGCUCUUGAGGCGCAGAUCAAAAAAGGCCCUCCCCCUUUCCUCCGACCUGGAUGGGUUAGUCCUUUACUUGGAAAACGCGUCAACCUCGAUUGGAUAGAUCAGGGCUCGUUCAUAAGCAUCCAAGGCAAUAAGGACGGAUGGCAAAACAAAAAGGUCUUAGUCCUGGAAUUCUGGGCCUCCUGGUGUCGUCCGUGCCAUAGAGUUUUCGAUCACCUCUCCGAAAUUGCGUUGAAUCAACCGGACGUCAAGGUCAUCACAUUUAACCAUGAAGGUAUCUUCAGCCAAGCGGCCACCGAUAUCGAAGCUCUGAAGGCGUUCAUCAAAAUGAAAGGCAACUUGCAGUACCCCAUAUUUGUGGACAUCAAUCGCAUUGCUAUCAACGCUAUUUUCAAACCAGGGCAAAACCUCUCAAUCCCCCUAGUUUUCAUCAUCACUACCCAGGACCAUGUCGUGCACUGGGUUGGAAACGCGGACGCGGAGGACAUGGGCGAACCGCUAUCUAAAGUUCUGGCGUCUUUGUAACGGACCCAGCCUACACCCGGCGAUGGAUUGACAAAGCCCUUGCAUCCUCGUUAUACAUGAAUCUUAUGGUCACAGUAUCAAACCAAGGAGUGAACGAUAUCUUGAAUAUGUUUCGUGUAUUCUACCUCGGUCCCGUCUAGAUCGUAUAAAAGUUGUAUCAGUACGUGC